CGCUGCGCUCUGCGGGGGCUUUUUGCAAAGCGCUCCCGACGGGGAAUUAAAACCCAGCGUCGUGCGCAGGGCUGGAGCACGGGAAGGGGCCGGGAGCAGUGGCACGAGCAGGACGCGAAGAGGCGGCAGCGGGAGGGGGGUUAAAGGGAGGGGAUGCAGGUUGUGCGAAGGAGCGGGGGGCAGUGCCCGGGGGCUGCGGAACGGCGGCCGCCCGAACGGUGGUGGUGUAGAGCAUUGGUCUUAUCGCAGCCCCGGAGGGGAGCGCUCCUGCUGCUGUCCACCCGGCUUUCUUUUUCUUUUUCUUUUUUCUUUUUUUUUUUUUUUUUUUCUGUCUUUUCGUUUAUUUGUUUUCUACUACUGAAAGCGUCAGUUUUAGCAACAGAGGGAGGAAGGCAACAAGUAGGAGAAGACAGAGCCCCGCCGGCUGCACUCAGCCUUCCGUGCUACUCCCUGUCGCCCCUUCCUGCCCUGGCGCCGGCUCGCCUCCAUCCCCCGGAGCGCGACUGCCGCCCCCCCCGGCUCCGUUCGCUCCUUCCUCUGUCGUUGUAAAACGCUUUGCGAGAGCCGUGACCGUCCCGCAGGGUCCUUCCCGCCGCGGGCCGUGCCUGUCACUGCUCGGGGUGAGCCGGGUGCUGUGCCGGGGUGCUCCCCGCUCCCGGCCCCGAGGAAGCAGCCGAGGGAUGCCGCCCAGCGGCCGCCUGGGGUUUCGGGAGGGAGAAAGGGGCCCCAAGCAGGGGGGUAGUGUUGGGGCACGGCGCAGCUGGAGCUGCCGGUGGCAGCCCAGGCGCUCUGAUAUGAAAUGAGUGCGUGCGUAGCACCCGCCGGGCGGGGAGUACCCACGGGGGAGCCGGCGGGAGAUGCCCCAAACGGGCUCGGAUGAGGCGGGUGCACGGGGAAACAAACUGAGCGGAGGGAUGGUCCCCCACUUCUGUUAAUUUUUGGCUCGUGCGGUUCUCCAUCAUCUCCCCUGCUUUUUCCAGCAGCAAAACUCGGCCCUCCCCUCUUCCCAAGUUCAGGGAACUGAGAUUUUUUUUUCCCCUACGUUUCCCUUUCUGGCAUGAAAAAGAGACGUGUUUUUUUAUAUUAUUUUUUAUUUUUUAUUUUUUUCCCUUUUCCCUUUCAGUAAUAUCCCGACCGAGCAACCGGGCGUAGGGCCAUUUGUUUGUUUUAUUGAAAACCCGGGGCAGGAAAUCUCCUUCUCCUGACUCACUGUGGCUCCUUCAAGGAAACGUCAAACGCCACUUUUAUCGCAGCUCCCCGGGGCCGGCGACUUUCCGAAGCGCCUCUUUAAGGCUCCUGUACCCAGCCAGAGAGGGCAGCGAGGACGGAGCGACUCCGCUUUAUCCCUCCCCCCCACCGCGACGUUAUCGGAGGCCGGCAGCCUCCGAGAACGUUGGGGGGGUGGGGGUGGGGGGGACGAGCGAAGCCGCCCCGCCCCGAUCCCGCCCCGCUCCGCUGCCACUUAAGCGCCGUCGGGGGCCGCUCCCAGGCAGUGCGGUGCUGGCAGCAGAGCUCUCGGUGGCUCCGCAGCCCCUUCCCAGCGCAAUGACAGUGAAGGCGGCCGAAGCUUCGGGUCCCGCUUUGACUUAUUCGAAGAUGAGGGGAAUGGUGGCCAUUCUCAUCGCUUUCAUGAAACAGAGAAGAAUGGGGCUUAAUGAUUUCAUUCAGAAGAUAGCCACCAACUCCUAUGCAUGCAAGCACCCUGAAGUUCAAUCUAUCUUGAAAAUCUCCCAGCCUCAAGAGCCUGAACUUAUGAACGCUAAUCCUUCUCCUCCGCCCAGCCCAUCACAGCAGAUAAAUCUUGGCCCAUCAUCCAACCCACAUGCCAAGCCAUCAGACUUUCAUUUCUUAAAAGUUAUUGGAAAAGGAAGCUUUGGAAAGGUUCUUCUUGCACGGCAUAAGGCAGAAGAGCAGUUUUAUGCUGUUAAAGUCCUACAGAAAAAAGCAAUCCUGAAGAAGAAGGAGGAAAAGCACAUCAUGUCAGAGCGCAAUGUCCUGCUGAAAAAUGUGAAACACCCCUUCCUGGUCGGACUUCACUUCUCCUUCCAAACUGCAGACAAACUGUAUUUUGUCCUGGACUACAUCAAUGGCGGAGAGUUGUUCUACCAUCUCCAGAGGGAGCGUUGCUUCCUGGAGCCAAGGGCCCGAUUUUAUGCUGCUGAAAUUGCCAGUGCGCUGGGCUACCUGCACUCCCUGAACAUUGUCUAUCGUGACUUGAAGCCGGAGAAUAUUCUGCUUGAUUCACAGGGGCACAUUGUCUUGACUGACUUUGGACUCUGCAAGGAAAACAUAGAGCACAAUGGCACAACCUCCACCUUCUGUGGCACACCUGAGUAUCUUGCUCCUGAAGUUCUUCACAAGCAGCCCUACGACAGGACUGUGGACUGGUGGUGCCUUGGAGCAGUCUUGUACGAGAUGCUUUAUGGCCUGCCGCCUUUUUACAGCAGGAACACGGCAGAAAUGUAUGAUAACAUCUUGAACAAACCUUUGCAACUGAAGCCAAAUAUUACCAACUCUGCUAGACAUCUCCUGGAAGGCCUUCUGCAGAAAGACAGGACAAAGAGGCUUGGUGCCAAGGAGGACUUUACGGAGAUUAAGAAUCACAUCUUCUUCUCCCCAAUUAACUGGGAUGAUCUCAUUAAUAAGAAGAUUACCCCCCCUUUUAACCCAAAUGUGAGUGGCCCCAAUGACCUGCGGCACUUUGAUCCUGAAUUUACAGAUGAGCCAGUCCCCAACUCUAUUGGCCAGUCUCCAGACAGCAUCCUCAUCACCGCCAGCGUCAAAGAAGCUGCUGAGGCUUUUUUGGGCUUCUCAUAUGCCCCACCUGUGGACUCUUUCUUGUGAACAUUUUUAUUUCUUUCUUACUUUUUUUUUUUAAAAUAAUAAUAACUAUUAUUUUUAUUUUUGUUUGGCCUUCUGGUGGAAUUGCCAGUUGACCGGUCACCUUGAAACAGAAUUUGCACAUUUCCACCAUGGCAGCUUUGCAGCCUUAAUUUCAACUACACUGUUUGCUGGAAGCUUUUUUGAAGAGCACAUCACUCUCUGAAUGAGCUUUGCAGGCUUUUCGUUUCCAUUUUUUUUUCUUCCCCCAAAGUGGUGCUGUCUCCUUGGGAAAGAAAAACAAAAGUGACUGCUGCGAUAGACUGCUAUGGCAGAUUGUAGAGUAAGAAUGAGCAGUUUUGAAAUCGAGCUCUGAAAAGCCUUGCCUGAAGAUCUUUCUGAACGUGAUAAGGAUUUUAUGAAAUGUGCCUUUUUCUGAUGAGAUCUCGUUAGCUCCAAAGCUUUCCCUGUUGCAGAGUGUGUUUCUCAGUUCAUUUAUGUGGGUUUACUAUGUGAACAAAUGGUAUGCGUGUGGUCUGCGUAUUACAGAUGGACUUAGUGUAAUGCAUCAAUGUGACACUUGCAGGAUACCACAAUGUGGGGCAUUGUUUGUUUCUUCCAUAUUUGGAAGAUAAAUUAAGUGUAAUUUUGAAAUUUUUUUUUGUAAAUCUAUACAGUCAACUGAAAUUAUUGAAAUGGGCUCUCAAUUACUUGUAUCCAAAUGCUUGAAGAAAGCAUUGCUGCUAUGAACAGAUUUCUAUUUUUAGAAAGGGUUUUUAUGGACCAAAAUGCCCCAGCUGCAGUCAGUCGAAGCUGUUGGUUUCUUUCUUUCUUUUUUUUUUUUCUUCUUUGUUUAAAAGAUGUCAUCUGUAAAAUGGGCAUUAUUUAUGGUUUUGGGUUUUGGGGGUUUUUCAUUCCUGGUUGUAUGUAUUGUAAAAAAUAUCUGUACAUUCAGUUGUAACUCUAGAUGUAUAUUUAAACUUAAAGACUUAACUUGUAAUGUAUACCAUCAUUGUAAUGUAAUAUAAUUAACAUGGUUAUAUGUAUCAUAUUUUUUGUGACCAAACCCAUUGGUUUGCAGUAAAAUCUUGAAAAAA